GUCGCACAACGGCAGUCGUCCACGCUCAACGUUCGUACCGCACGUCCACGCGCGUCAUCACGGUCUCUGUUUAUUAAGAAUUAUCGCGCGUGUGUUCCUAUACGCCGCCGCCGCAGCAGCCGUGUGGUUUUCGUCACGACACACACAUGACAUCACCGUUUGUCCGUGCGUUGAUCGCGUGUUCGUCGUCGUCGUCGCAUUCGUCGUAGUGAUAUUUUUUCGCGUUUGCAAAUACGCACAACACAAUCGGUAUUUUAUUUUAUUUUUUUUCGGUUUUUUUUUUUUUUUUGUUUUGUUUUCGUCCGCUUCAAGAGGAUUUUCGUUCAGUUUUUCGUGUGCACAUCGUGUGGAUGACACCAAUCUGACCAGGUCGCGCAGCUGCCGACGAAAUCGCACCGCCGCCGCACCAUCACCGGCUCCGCGGGCGGACAUAGUCGCGCGCGCCCGUCGCCCGCGUUCUUCACCACGCACGGUAAAUACACAAAGAUAAUUGACAAUAUUUCGUAUCCGCAGUCGCGUCGCCGACCGUAUACGACCGCAGCGAUUAAUAAAAUGCUAAUGGACGCCGAAAUAAAAAACUGUUCCGGCCUGUUGACGGGCGGAGUGCACCACGCUUCCGCUCACAUGGGCCACACAUACGGUAAUCUCAACCAGAUGGGCAUGUUGGCCGGCAUCGGGUCCGCGGGCGUCGUGCUCGGCGGGCCACAGGGCGGUGGACAACAGCCACUGUCCUCGCCGCCGCCGUCGCAACAGCAACAGCAGCAACAACAGCAACAGUCCGCGUUGCACCAACAGCAGCAGCAGCAGCAGCAGCAACAGCAACAACAGCAACAACAGCAGCAGCAACAACAGCAUCAUCAACACAUGCAGGCCGCGCAUCAUCAUCACCAGGUGGUAGGCGGCCACGUCGUUGGCGGUCAGCUGCAGCUGCCGUCGCCGAACAACAAUAACUCGUCGUCGGCCAACAAGAACCAGAACGUGGACCGCGUCAAGCGGCCAAUGAAUGCGUUCAUGGUGUGGUCUCGCGGACAGCGCCGCAAGAUGGCCCAGGAGAACCCCAAGAUGCACAACUCGGAGAUCAGCAAGCGGCUGGGUAGCGAGUGGAAAAUGCUGACCGAGACUGAGAAACGGCCGUUUAUCGACGAGGCCAAGCGAUUGCGCGCAGUGCACAUGAAGGAACAUCCGGACUACAAGUACCGGCCCAGGCGCAAGACAAAGACWUUGAUGAAGAAGGAAAAGUACCCUCUUCCAGGCGGUGGUGGCCCGCUCUCUCUAGGAGGUGCCGGUGGACAGCCGUGCGACAACUCCGUGGGCGGACGGAACGCCGUCUCUCAGGUAUCUGGCGUUACCCAGCAGCAGCUUAACAGCAGCCGGGAGCUGUACCACCAGAUGAACGGUUACAUGCCCAACGGAGGAUUCGGCAUGCACCACGACCCGAAUCCGUACGCGCAACAGCCGUCGCCGUAUCAUAUGGCCGCCGCGUCUCAGGCCGCCGCAGGUUACCGGUACGACAUGCCGCAGAUGAACAACAACGCGGCCGCUGCUGCGUCCAUGCACUACUUGAACGGCAGCUACAACCUGUACUCGGACAUGAACCAGUACCAGCAGGGGCCGCCGUCCACGUCGCACAGCCCGGACAGCAUCAAGUCCGAGAGGAUCUCGCCACCCGUCCAGUCGGGCGGACACUCGCCCAGUCCAAGGCUGUGCCAGCAGCAGCAGUUGCACCAGCAGCAACAGCAACAGCAGCAGCAGCAACAGCAGCAGCAGCUCGGGGGCAACGAUCUGCUACGCAUGUACAUGCCGCUCGAGUCCAGGCUGUCGGCAGCCGCCCAGGGACACCAACAGCCCGGUGGCCAUGGCCACCCGUAUCUGUCGCACAGYCAGCAACAGAACCUCGUGCAGCAGGGACACCCGCACUCCAUGUCGCCCGACCUCCAGAUGGGCCACUUGGGCCAUCACAUGUAAACCGCGUCGAUCACCGAUCCAGCUAGCCGACGAGCCCGCCUUCGCCUUCCUCCUCAUCGCCGUCGACAUCAUUCUCCUCAACGUCCACGAGCGCCGACUGCACGGACAGCCCUUCACGGAGGACAGCGCCGCGCGCUCAACGCGUGUCAUGUAAGCCAUAAUAAAAAAAAAACCAAAAACAAAAACAUUUAUUAAAACUUAUUAUAUACAUUUAAACAUUUUAAACGGCGCGAAAGGUGGGCAAAGUGUGGUCUUGUUCCGCAAUCUUUUUCCCGUCGUUGGAUUUUUUUUUUUUUUUCAUAAAUAACAUUGUCAAUAAUAACGGUUUACAAAACUUUUUAAGUGUUUAAACUUGCACAUGUCGCGAGUAGUAGGUAUAUAAUUCUAAUUUCAACACAAUGACGGUUAUUUUUCUCCUACUUUUUUUUUUUUAAUUUCAAUUUGUUUUCGAAAAACUUAAACGCGUGUCGGCCGCGUGAACCAUUUAUUAAUAAAAAAAAAAAACUAAUGUCCUCGAAAUUUGUAAAAAAAAAAUUAAAAAUACCUCCGCUUAACCAAAAAAWUUUUUUUUUUAAAACCAUUACAUUUUCGUCUAGUCUCCUGUGUAAUAAUUAAUAAUAAUUUUCCGUUAUUGUUGUUAUGUGCGACGACUUGUCGAAAAUCAACGUGCAUAAAAUAUUAUGUAUGUGUGUUGCGGUAUAAUAUUACGCGUGAUUCCUCCCCAUCAUUGCCCGCUGCGGGUUCAAUUUUGAUUCGAACCCACACGAAACAACUCUUUUAUGUAUCUAUACAUUUGCUUUGUACAUAAAAGUGUAAUUUUUUUUCUUGACGAAAAGAAAACAAUUUAGUAAUAUUAUGCCCCCGGACUCCUGCGUACACCUUUAACAAUAUAUUUGCAUUAAGUAUAAUAUAUUAUUUAAUUACAUUAUAAUAUCAUGAAAAAUGCGCGCAACUGCGAACAAUAAUAUUUAUAGGUACCGCUUUAAAUACCUACGAUGUAUAAUAUUAUAGUGUUUCGGCCGAGUCUGCGGCGCGGAGCCGUCCGAUAUUGUGCCAUAAAAUUAAAAUCGAAAAUAAAUUUAUAAAAUAAAAAGAGCACACACAUCAAUUUGUAAUUUGUAUAAUGUUCAAAAUCGAAAUCGCUCGUCGCCUCUCCAAAUCGUAAUCCGUCCUACCCGCCGAAUUCCUCUUCACGACGACAUCGCCGUAUAAUAUUAUAUUGGAUCGCACGUAAAUUAAAUUGUCGUACACAUGACCUCAUGUGUGUGUGKGUGUGUGUAUGUGAACAAAGUAUACAUUUGAUCACUAAAAAAAAAACAACGAUUUAUGUACGAAAACGCAAAACCUUUUUUUGAUUAAKUGUGCAGUCCCCGGCAAAUAUCGAUAGGUAUUACAUGAUUUUAUUUUAAAGGACUCGCCGCACUGUGUACUACAAAUUAAUAAAUCGUUAGGUAUUAUUAUAUCAUACUGUUUAUUUCGUAUACGAUAACAUCGGAGUUCAAACAACAUCACACACGCGCACACAGACUUACGUGCGUAAUCCGGUAAAACAAACGGAAUAGUAAUAAGAAAAAAAAAUGGGUAAAACACGAUAAUAAUAAUAA